GCCGUCUCCGACGACCUCUCAUUCUCCCGACUUCACCUCUUCCUCCUCCUCGCCAGUCUUCACUUCCACUUCCUCCUCUUCCCAGUUCCCCUCAUCCUCCAAAUCUUCCAAGAGCUGCGUCUGGUGUUGCUUGGACGAUCUGGGUCUGGGAAGAGUGUAGCUGGUAAUGCCAUACUUGGACGGGAGGAGUUUGCGUCCCUUCCUGGAAGCUUCACAGCAAUAACUCAGGAGUGUGAGAAGAAGAGAGCUCUGAUUGAAGGACAAAGAGUGGCGGUGAUCGACACCCCAGACUGGUUCAAUUCAGAGCAAACCCCAGAUGAGGUGCGAGCUCAGAUCUCCUCCUGUGUUGCUUUGUCCAGUCCCGGUCCUCAUGCCUUCCUGCUGUGUGUCCCCAUAGACCAGCCUGCAAAGACCGAGCUGCAGGCUCUUGAGGCCCUUGAGUCUGUUUUCGGGCCCGAAGCGGUCCAGAAACACACUGUGGUCCUCUUUACGCACGCAGAUCAGCUGAGAGAGAGUGGGAAGGCAGGACACCUCAAUGUGGAGGCAUACAUUGCUGAUCAGCGGGAGGAUUUGUUAAAGCUUGUGGAGAAAUGUGGAGACAGAUUUCAUGUGAUGGAAACGGGAGGAGGUUGGAGGGACAGGAGGAAUGUGUCGGACUUGCUGGAGAAGGUGGAGCAGACUGUGAAGGAAGCUGGAGGAGAGUGUUAUUCUUGUCCUGCUUUUCAAGAAGCUGAGAACAGAGUGAGGCAGAGACAGGUGGAGAUAGCUAAGGAGAGAAAGGGGAAAAGAUUGGAGGAAGAAAGAGGAGAAGACUUUAGACAGCUCAGCUCUGAAAGGCGUGUUUCUUAUUCCUACAUGCAGCCUGUGGCCGAGGCAGAAGAGGAAGUGAGAGAGGAAGAGAUUGAGAAAACAAGGGAUGAGGCGGAGAUGAGUGUAAGCACCAUGAAGAUCGACAGUCUUCCUCCUGUUAAACUGUCCGACAUAUCUCCUUCACUUCUCAGGUCCAUUUUAGAGAAAAUGAAGUCUGGUGUAAAGACUGUACCCAAGAUGUUGUCAGAUGGUUCUGUGUGGGUGGGUGAGGGAGCAAAGAAGGUGAAAAGUAGUCCCAUGUGGGGGACAGUGGGCAACAAAGCACAAAACGUUCAAAAGACAAUGGUUGAUAGUUCUGUGUGGAAAACAGUUGGAUCAAGUGCAGGCCAUGUGUCCAAAAUGGUAGGUGAUAGAGUUCCCAAGGUAGUGGUGGACAGCUCUGCAUGGGUGGGAUCUGGAGCGAAGGCAGCAGCAGGGAGUCCAAUGUGGGGAAAAGUUGGUUCAGGGGCCAAAUCAGGUGCCAAACUAAUGGCAGACAGCUCCAUGCGUGUUGGGGCUGGGAUCGGAGCUGGUGCAAAGAAUUUGGCAAAGAGUCCCAUGUGGGGAAAAGUCGGAUCUGGUGCCAAGAGUGGAGCUAAAUUGAUGGCUGAUGGCUCCAUGAAAGUCGGAGCUGGAAUUGGUGCUGGUGCAAAGAAGGUGGCUCAGAGUCCAGUGUGGGGGAAGAUGGGGUCCGGGGCCAAAGCAGGAGUUAAAAUGGUGGCUGAAAGCUCAGUGUGGGAGAGAAUGGGGAACACAGCUAAACAGGUGCCCAAGGUUGUCAUAGCGUGUGCUCUUCUGGGUCUAGUGCUGGGUGUGGUUUUAGGGGGGGCAAUAGGUGGAGCUGUUGGGGCAGCAGCUGGAACUGCAGUAAGUGAGGUAGGCAGAUGGAAAUUUGGCAAGAAAAAUGGGAUAGAAGAUGUGGGAGAAGCUGCUAAAAAUUUGGAGAGAACAGUGAAUGACAGCAUGGACUCGCUGGUCAAACAAGGAGGGAAAGUCCUGAAAACAGAAUAACUAGACGAACGUGUAUAAAAUGUAUGAAAAUGUAAAAAGAUUAUACUUUGUUUCAAUUGUACAAUCAGAAAACAUUUUACUUUGACAGAUCAAUGUUUUUAAAAACUCUGACACUUUUCUUCUUUUCUGCUCAAAUGCAAAUUACCUUAAGACAUUUUCUAACUAAUGUUUGCACAUCUAAUUCCAACAGUUAAUGAAUAAGGAUAGUUGUAUUUUGAAUGAAAUGUUGUAUGUUCUUUUAUGCUAUUUGCUAGAUACUACAAAUUAUGUUUAUUGUCUUAUAUGAUCUUUAUUUUUGCCAAAUCUUAGCCCUACACAUUAUCAUUUCCCAAACAAUUAUUGUUGGCAAUAAUUCCAAUAAUAUCUGUCAGCCGGCUGCAGGACAGUAUGUGUUCUGUCCCACUAAUACAUCAGAAGUUACACGUUUCGCCCACAAGCCUUCAGGUUUUUUUUUUUUUUCUUAAACAAACUUUAUUCCUCCUGUGAAGUUACACCAUCUGGUUCAAAGUGUCAAUCAUGAAGGCCUAAUGCCUUAACUAUUUUUAUUUCAGUAAAGUUAUAAUUUGUAUUUUCUUUAUUGCUUUAUUGUUGUUUAUUCUACAAAUCUAAGCAAAGAAGUUACUCUUAUAUCGGGUACACAUUGUUUUAUUACCACUGGAGUUGAAUACCAUUGUUCUUAUGUAAGCAAUCUUUUUGUUUACUUAAUCUUUAAUACAAAAAUAGAAUACACAUAGCUUACAUCAAAACAAGGCUAAUCAACUCAGGUAGCAAAACAACCAUGCAUAACUAUUAGCUGUUAUCAAGUUGUCUAGGGAGAACACUUGUAGUACUGUCUGAAGAUGAUCUUAAAAUUUUCUGCCAACUUUCAGGUUUUUACAGCGGCCAAUAACUUCUCGUUUUGACCUUGUGUGGUUCUUUGUUAUUUGGAAAGGGACAUGUUCCACCUCCCAGUCUGAUAUGUUUCAACUAUUCCAUAGGUUCACGUUCUGCCCCUCUCCUGCAGCCUGCCCACAGACCCCUCUCAGUAAUUUAGCAGUGAACUUCCAGACAAGUUUGUGGGUAAUUUGGCAAGUUUUAACUGUAUAUUGCUAAAACCUUAACUGUAAUCUGAGUGCUUAAUUAAAAAAAAAAAUCA